CCUAAGCCCCGCCCACGCACUGGCCCCAAUCCCCACUAGAAGCGUUCCGGACACGUUCCGCCUGACGGCUCAAGACGUGAAUAAUUAUAAUAUAUGAAUUGUAAAAAAAAGAUUCUGAUUAGAACGAUUCAUACCUUCAUUAUAAUAUUAUUCACGAGUUAUAAUCGACCCCUACAUAAUGUAUAUGCAUCAAUAUUAUAACACAUUAAAUACGGUAUGAUUUCUAGAUGUCAUGGCAUCGUCGCCGUCCCCUCGCGACACUGGACUUGGGAUUAGAGAAUAUAUGAGGCAUCGACGCAGACUUUCAUUUGUUCUUUGCAACUGAUUAGUUAUUGAUACCAUAGAUAGACUGUAUAAUAUUGCAAUUCCCUGUGAAAUGCAGAGGGGUCGAUGUGAGCUCAUGAAUAUUCAUGAGCAAAUGCAAACUGAUUGGCCGUAGGAGAAUUCUGAGACACGGCUGCGAACCGGCGACCUUCAAAGAUAGAAGAGGCGAGUAUCGUAAACUAUGUGCCGGUCUGGAGACGGUUGCGUGCCGUGCCGGUGCCGUAUCCAGUGGAAUAGCAUACAUUGACUAUAAUGGUUUCUAUUGUCUUCGGCGAUCGUUUUACUGCCGUGACGGUUCUGGUGGAAAUUGGCCUUACGGCCACGAUGGGGACGCGGCAAGCUGGCAGGAAGUGGCUAAGAAUACGCACACACGCUAAUCUGGCGGUCCCGAGGAGAGUCCCUUGUGUGGUCGUACAAUACGUAUAGACGCUGAUAUCAGUCAUCGUAUGAUCAGAUCCGGACGUUCUAAAGAGGACCUCGGUAACCAUGGGGACACCAGCCUGUUGAACCCACUGGGACGGAAGGCGUUUCUUCUUAUUACACAUUAAGAGAAAGUUAAUUUAGAUCCUGCCCGAGCUUUUAUUAAGUGAGUGCUGCCUGCAGGGCUGAACGUCACCUGCUCCUCGGUCAUCGUAAGCCCCGCCCACACUGACCCUCAUCACCUGCCCAAUGGUCAUCGGAAGCCCCGCCCACACACUGACCCGCAUCACCUGCUCCAUGGUCAUCAUCAUGUCGGGUGAGGCCUACCUGGUGUACGCCAAGCGGCUGUACUCCAACUCCCCGUUCAACCAGUACCUGGCGGCGCUCUACAAGGUGGUGGGCACCUUCCUGUUCGGCGCCGCUGUCAGCCAAUCACUGACGGACAUGGCCAAGUUCACCAUCGGCCGGCCCAGACCCAACUUCCUGUCUGUGUGCGCGCCGGUGACCUGCAACGGCUACUUGCCCGUGAUCAACUGCACGGGCGUGCACCGCAACGUGACCGAGUCCAGGUUAUCUUUCUACUCUGGCCAUUCGUCCUUUGGGAUGUACUGCAUGCUGUUCCUGUCGCUGUACGUGCAGGCCCGGAUGCAGGGCAAGUGGACCCGUCUGGUGCGGCCCACCAUCCAGUUCUUCCUGGUGGCCUUCUCCCUGUUCGUGGGCUACACCCGCGUGUCCGACUACAAACACCACUGGAGCGACGUGGUGGUGGGCCUCCUGCAGGGGGCGCUGAUCGCUUGCCUCACCGUGCGCUACGUCUCUGACUUCUUCAAGCAGCGCUGUGCCCCCCCCCUGGAGGACCACGUGUCCGAGGAGCAGAACAUGGAGCGCAAGCCCAGCCCGCCGGCCCCCGACGGCCCCCACGGCAAUCACACCCGCUACAACUGUUCCGGGACGGUUUGAGCACCACCUCCUCCACCUCCUCCACCUCCUCCACCUCCAUCAGCACCACUGCCACACAGUACCCACCGCUGCCUCCGUCGGCACAGCUCCGGCUCACGGCCUGUGGAGAUAGCAGAGGCCGGAAGCCCCACACAGCCCGCUCUGGCCGCAAUUUUGUGGUUGAGGUUGUUUUGUUGUUAUUUGUACCGCAUUGUACCCUGUGACUAACACGGCCCGCCAUUUCAAAACACACGAGUGGGGGGAAAUGAGUGGAACAGGAUAUGCGGGCGACUGCAACACUUCUAUCACAUGAAUAUGAAAAUCACAACGACGACAGAUCACUGUCGAGGCCGUACAGACUAACCCCCUGAACUUCAUGAUGGGAAACCCUAUGUGUUCAUCUCCUGGUCGAGCCAAAGUUUAGAGAGUGUGUGUGUGUGUGUGUGUGUGUGUGUGUGUGUGUGUGUGUGUGUGUGUGUGUGUGUGUGUGUGUGUGUGUGUGUGUGUGUGUGUGUGUGUGUGUGUGUGUGUGUGUGUGUGUGUGUGUGUGUGUGUGUGUGUGCUCGCACAGUAUUGUGGUAUUUAUAUAGUGUUUCGUUUUAAGUCAAACUCUUGCAGUCUUUAUUUGCUGGCUGCCAAUACACUUUUUGUGUUCUGUUGAUAUAAAAGGGGGCAACUAGAUAUUAGUUUUUGUCCUUGAAUGGAGUUAACCAUGCGAUAUGAAAGUGUUAUUUUGUUGCUCGUUUGGGUCAACAUAGUUUUUAGUUAUUUAGUUUCCCCUACAGAGAACGGUUUGUACACUGGAGAUGUCCCCGGGCUGAGUUCCCCAUCUCUUAACCUUUUCAAAGAAAUGGUUUGGUAUUAUCUGACUGAUUUAGACGUCUCUAACCACCAUAUAUAUCUAUAAUACUAACUUUUUGUUUUUUUCAAAUGUCUAUUGAUUAGUUUAAUUUGUCAAUACACUAUUGCGGGAACAAGUUCAGCUUUCAAAUUUGAUGUUUUUUUUAUAUAUAUAUCUUGGUAUGUGUAAUCAAAUGUUUUACAAACGAUCACGUUAUUGCAGUAUCUACAAAAAUGAUUUACUUCACUAAAUCAGUCGAAUAUUUUUUUUCAUUUUGUAUGGCUUACUGUAACACUGCAUUACUAAUGUUUUUGGGCUCGACGUCGCAGCUGUUAUUUCCCAGGUGAUGUGAUAAAGAUGUAAUUUUAACUUUUUAAA